AUGGCUGACGAACAAGCAAAAAAUAACGAAAAUCAACUUAAAGUUCAAAAAUCAGAUUACCUGACACCUGUUCAUUGGAAUGAACGAUGGGAGCAAGGAAGAAUUAAAGGCUUUCAUUUACCACAUGUAAACGAAUUAUUAUCAGAGCAUUUACACUCGUUGAUAAAUGGAAGAAAGAAACUCAGGAUAUUUGUGCCACUUUGCGGAAAAUCCGUCGAUAUGAUAUGGUUAGCUAACCAAGGACAUAUUGUUAUUGGUGUGGAAUUCUCAAAACUUGCCAUUCUACAGUUCUUUGGGGAAAACAGUUUAGAAUACACAGCAACAUCGGUGGAUAAAUUGGUAAAUGGAGAGCUUUUUCAGAACAAAGAAGGCAACAUCAUGAUCUAUAAAUGUAAUUUGUUUGAUUUGUCAAGUGAUAUAAUUGGUCAAGUUGAUGCCAUAUUGGACAGAGCAGCAUUUAGUGCUAUUAUGCCAGUAGAAAGACAAAAAUAUCGAGACUUAAUGAUAUCAACUAUGCAUACACAUACACGAUACGGUCUUAUUUUAGAGAACUUUGAUCAUACAAUAAUGUCAGGACCACCAUACUGUAUUUCACCCACAAUGCUUGAACAAAUAUUUGGUGAUCAACUAAAUAUUGAGAAGAUUGGUGAAAAAGCAGAUUCACGAGAGAGAUGGAUUAACAUAGGACACAAGUACUUCACGAAUGCACUGUAUAUAUUAACAAUUAAGUAAUUAACAUCUCGUUAUAUUGUAUGAUAUUCACUACAUUAACAUUUUUCAAGUGAAGAGUAAA